AUGAUUAAAACAUACCUUACCCUGCGGUGUAUUACUAUGCUACUCAUUGCAUUCUCCAAGCCUUCCAUAGUCAGUCAAUCAUCAUAUUCAUCCACUAUCCUGACAGAUGUUAAGUCUUGGAUCACCAUUCCUGCACACUGCAUCGUGCUUGGAGCUGAAAAGUCGGAUCAUCCGAGAUACUUUGGAAGAAAGUUCAAAAUAAUCAAACCACCAAGAAAAAUGCAUGAGUAUGAGGAUGAUAUCGAAAGAGGAAUUGAGAUUGGUGUGAGAGACGGCAAUGGAAACAUUCAAUUAAUUAGAGAUAUUUCAAGCUAUCCUGACUUCUCUGCACAGCUCAUGGGAAUAGCCAUCUCGGGUCUUUUAUAUUCGUUGAUGUUCAAAUUGUUUGGAUAA